CCCAAAUCGGGGAUGUACCGGUGUUUUUCUAAAGGGUACGGAUCUUUAGUUUUUUUCGGAGGUACCGGUGUUUUGUAUUUUUCUUUGCAAGAGACGACGGCGGUAAAACAAAGAGGCUAAGACGAAAUCAGAUAUUGAGCUAGCUGGUAUCUACAUUAGUAAGUUGUUUAAUUAGCAAAAUCAGUACAGAAAAUGGAUGCUUGGGGUGGUUUGCUGCAAGCGUCAGGCCUUAUUGGCGGUUCGAACAUCGAUAUAGCCAAGUCAGCUUCCCAUAUUUUGAAUUACUCCGACCCGUUGUUUUCCCAAAUAUUAACUGCUAAAAAGGGUUUACAAGUUGUAUUAGAACUGUCAAUUGAUUCUUCAUCAGCUAUUCCUGAUAAGAGCUUGGUAGAAUUGCUAAUGGCUGCUUGUGAUGGAGAUUUGGUUACUUUGGAAUCCGCUUUGAGAUCAAAUUCAGACUUGAUUAACAAAUUAUAUCCGACUGAUCUGGCAGGUUUGACUCCGUUAAUUUAUGCUAUCGCUUUUGACCAGGAAGCUAUCGUCGAAUCUCUUUUGGAUAAUCACAAUGCUGACCCUGAUCAGCAUGAUACCUUGAUUAAAAAUUAUACCCCUUUAAUGUGGGCAAUUUACUUUAAUCAAAUAGAUAUCGUCAAGAUCCUACUUGACCACCAGGCUGAUCCUUAUUUGGCCCCUAAUGAAGAUGAGCCUAAAAAGAAUGCCAUAAGUAUGGUAUUACCAGAAAAUCAAGAAAUUUAUGAAUUUUUCAAAUCUCAUAAUUUAUUAGGUCGGGCCUCUUCACCAAUUGAUAACGAUGACUCUUUCUAUUCAAACAAUAUCACUAAUAGUACCGAGGAUGAUGAAAUGAAUCAUCUUUCAAACCAAAUCAAAUUACAAAGCAUAUCAGCUAAAAGUGGGUUAUUACCAGAAGAUGACUCCGAUAAUGAAGAUAACUAUUACGACGAAGAACAAAUAUUAUCAACUGAUCAUAUAUUAAGACAAACUCCUAACUUUGAAUACGAUAAACUUUUACCCGAACAAUACAUUAAAUUUACUGACUCGGAUAUUCCUGCUUUAUUAGAUUAUAUUUUCAAUCUUCGUACUAAUAUCAUUCAUUCUCAACAUGAUACUAAGAUUCCGGCUUCCAUAAUUUUCCAAUUGUUAAGAUAUUCCCAUAUAAAAGUAAAUAGUGACGAAUUAACAACUUUUUUGUUUGAUUGCUUUGUCACCAGAUUGAGAUCAGUGACUAAUACAAAAUCGGGAGUUUUCAAUAUGGCAAUGAACACCGCAUCAGAUACUGUCAGUAGUGGAGAUACUUCGACUGCUCAAGCUGCCGCUGGUGGGGCUGGUGAUAUAGUCUUAUUGAGUUAUUGGUUAUCUGUUAUACAAUUUUUACAUUUUUAUUUUUGCAAAAAUGAUAUAUAUAUAAAAUAUCCUCAAUUUUUACAAGAGUUGAUUAACUUAGUUCAAUCGUUGAUUGCAACAUUAUCAUUUUCAAUUAAUUCUAGAUUAAACUUAUUGAUUGACGAUUGUUUAUUAAACUUUACCAGUUUAGUUGAUGUAUCAAAUGUUUUAUAUGCAAAAGAUUGGAACUUAUUCAAGAGUAAGAAAUCUCAUCCAAAUACUUAUGACGAUAUUUUCAAUAUGUUAUAUCCACCAAGCCAAGUUGAAUUAAUGAAACCUUCUCCUUUAAGAUAUAUCCAAGUAUUAGGUGCCUUGGAUUAUGUUUUAAAAUUACAUCAAGUUGAUACAUUAUUCCGCUUACAAACAUUUUCACAAGUCUUCUAUUAUAUAAAUGCAAUGAUUUUCAAUAGGUUAAUUGCCAACUCCAAAUACUGUUCCAGGGUCAAGGCCAUACAAAUUCGACUUAACGUAUCAACUUUAGAAGAUUGGUUAAGGUCUCAUAACUAUAAAAUAUUUAAACCUGAUUAUAUUGGAGGUUUAGAUCGUUUAACUGGUGAACAAACAUUUCACUUAAAAAAUUUGUUGGAUAUAACCAAUGAUCUGAAAAACCCUCAUUCUUUAAGUUUCUACUAUAACUCACUAUAUCACGUUGGGAAAAGUCAAUUAACUCCAACUAUUGAAUUAUUACAAUGGUUGCAAUGUAUGUCUGCUUUAAAUGAUGAGGAAAGUUUAAUCAAUACGAUUAAUUCAUUCGAACUGUUGAAUUAUUAUCAAUUAUUCAAAAUCAUGAAUAAAUUAUAUAAAUAUGAAGUUGAUGAAGACAAAUUACCUAAAGCAUUAGUUAAUCUAGUUAAGAGAUUAAUGAAUGAACAGGGAGAAAAACAAAUUCAAAAUCAACAUAAAAAUUUGCAUUAUAUGACACAAUCAAAUUUCUUACUGAAAGAAGUUUACAUUUAUUUAAAUCCAAAUUUUGUAUUUGGAGUUGCAUUACCAAAUUUAACCGAAUUAAUUAAUAAUUAUGGUAGUGGGUUAGGAGGUUUAAGAGUAAUGAGAGCUAAAAAAUAUCAACCUUCAUUACCAGUUAAUAUCAUGGAUGAUAUUGAUGACAUUAAACAAAAGAAUAGAGAAAAUAAUGUUAACGAUACUUAUGAUUAUGAAGAAGAAGAAGACAAUGAAGAAGUUGAAAAAAUCGAAGCUAAUAAUGAUGAUACACCAGUAAAACUGGAUGGCUUCAAAGGUGAUGAAUUGUUCAAAACGGUUCAAUUACCCAGCUCAUUGGCGCAUAAAGAAUGGGAUAAUGAGUUUGAAGUAAAUCCUUGGUAAUUCGUAGUUGUAUAUAUAGGACCAUC